CUCCGUCGCAUUGUGUCGUGAACUAGAGUUAAAACCGAAUUGGCCAAUAAAUCAUCUACAAUGGGACGAACAGCUUACGCCGAAGACAGUGUCUUAACAUAUCUAAAAUCAUUGAUGAGAGCUGAUGGUUAUACGAUAGGAUUGAUACUUGGACAGAGUACAGCACAGAAGGACUUUGUUGUCCAUCUGGCAAGAACUCCACCUCCUGCGGUAAAGGAUGUAAUUGAGGAAUCUUUGAUAAGCUCUGCAAGCAACACUCAGCCAGAACCAGGACCAAAGUACAUAAAAUCCAUCAACGACAUACCAGAAACUUGGGUUGCCGAUCACGCAAAACAUGUUACCAGGAUGUUACCAGGUGGUAUGUGGGUGUUAGGAAUAUUCGUGGUUGGUCCAUCAGAUAUCUUGAAUGAUAGUAAUUCAAUAAAUAGACUACGAUCAGUGAUAGUUGCAAUUUAUAAGCACUUGGCAUUAAAUAAAUAUCUUUAUGGAAAUAACAAUCAGGAAAAUCUUAUCCUACACUUUAACAGUCUUACUCAAAAGAUAUUAUGCAAAUCUCUUGAUGCUAGUCUUGGAGGAAUAUUGAAACCAGCAGAUUGGAAGUUCCAGGCUAAGGCCACAAAAUGGCAUCAACUCGAAGCUCGAGUAGAUUUUGAUCGGUUGUUUCCAAUUGCAGAUGACAAUAUGCCGACAACAUUAAAAAAGCAGCUACAGGAAAUUCUCGCAAGUAUAUCAGAUACUGUUGACUCAGCUUUGAUUGUAAUCGAAGGUGAACCAAGGUCUUCAGAAGAUACUAUCGAAGUUGUUGGAAAAAAGAAAAAGGACAGAAAAGAAAUCAAAAGCAACAAUGACACGACUUCGGCUAACAAAACGCUUCAAGUUAGCAUGUAUAUUCCCUGUCCAAAAAAUCCUGGUUCAGACAUACUGAUAACAUCCUGCAGUGCGACUAUGCGACUAGUCGGGCAAGUUGUUAGCAGAACAUUUGUGCAUCAAAAAGCAACUAUCGAAGAGGCUACUGCAGCAGUGAAACAGGAUAUCAUGAGGUCGUUGGCUAGUCGGUUGGAAAUGCAUUGGGAUAGUUUAAUUGAAGAAGAAAACGGAUCUCCAGAAGAAAAUGUCACCCUGCACGAACCUCCAAGAAGGGUUUUAGUCGCUCUACCGCAGAGCAGAGUAACGUUGUCCGACUAUUUAUUUCCUGGUGAAGGACCGCAAGAAGCUUUAGUGUCUUUGCAAGAACUUUUGGAUUUAGAAAUGCAAGAAAGCAGUGUACAAAAAGAGCUUGAACUCCAAGCCGAUCCUUCGGAAUUCUACUUUCAAAAUACUUUGGACACAGUAGCCUCCGAUAACAGCGAAGAUUCAUCCCAAGAUCAGCAAUUUGUUGUAUAUAUGACUGGUUUGAGUGUGGCAAUACUUGUUCUAGUAGCUGCAAUUGUCGCGCAUUUGUACUGAAUUUAUGCGGCGGUCACAAUUAUAGUGUAUCAUUUGCAUUUGUUUUGUAAUUUAUUAGCCACGAGAAUAAAUGAUAAUUGUACAUUUUUUGUUCUAUAUUUAGAAUUCGUGAAAAUUUUAAUAUAAUAAGUGUACUCUAUUGGUAAUUCGAAGCCGUAUUGACAUGCAAGUGUUUAUAAAAUACACACAGAGGUAUAUUUUCUAGAUAGCUCAUGUUAACAGUUUAUUGUCAGAUUAUGUGUUGUCAUGAUUAUAAAUUACGACGUCAAAUUAUUUGAUUGUUAUUUGUAUUUUUUGUUGUAUUAUCGAUAGGUUAAUAAUUGUAAGUUGAUAUAUGUUUACCAUGUAUCAAUAUUGGUAGUACACAAUGCCCAAACAGUAUAUUGCAUAUCACAAGGGUUGUGUAAGAGAUUCAUGAAUGCUAACUGAAACAUUGUUAACCUGACUUGAAAGCUGUACUAUAUUUAGGAAUGUACUCUGUAUUGUAUCUGACAAAUAUUUUUAUAAUGUUGACACUAUAAAUGUAAAGUCUAUUAAAUCAAUAUUUCA